GUGAGGGAAUUAGGGACAGGUCGGCAUUCAGGGCACAGCCACCAUAUGUCACUCAAGAGAGAUAUCAUUGUCUCGCUAUGUGGCUCAGUAAAACAAUUUCAAUGUAAUUUAUUUUUAGGACAUUUUAAUUUGAUAACGAUAGGGCCUGUAAGAGACUGAACACAAGCAUCGAGUCAGUGGUUAACAUUGUGUAUUAGCAGCAGUUCAGUCCACUGCACUGCUGAGCCCUUAAGCCACGUUCAGCCACACCACUGAGCUGGUUUGUUCACAAGCAACUGGUUAGGCUACUGCUCGGGAAGUGAAGACCGGAAAGGUCACAGGCUUUUGUCCCCACCAUGGACAGUAUGCUAGAGAAUCUGUCAAAAACUGAGUUUAUCAGCAUUUGUGUUCGCAAUCCAAGGCUUCUUAAAGAUUACCUCUGGCACACACACCUCGACUACGAGAUUUGUUUACAAACCAAUAGCAUGUGUUUUCGAAAGAAGACUUCCAGUGUAAGGCGGCGGUACAGUGAGUUUGUUUGGCUGCGUGAUUGUCUGGAACAGAAUGCUCUGAUCAUGGAGUUACCCAACUUGCCUCCCUGGAACCCCUUCUUCAGUCCGGGGAACAAAGAGCAGGUCUUGCAGAGGAUGAAGGGCUUCCAGGAGUUUUUAGAAAGUGUUGUUCAAAUACCUUUGUUGUUAUCGGACAGUCGACUCCAUCUGUUCCUGCAGUCAGACCUCAGCAUCACAAAGAUGGCAAAGUGUGCUUGUGGUAAGACCAGGUACACAGUGGCUGAAGCCAUACAGCGAUCCGGCAGCGGUUGCAUCAGCAGACUAGAAGACAAGGCCUCCUUUGACUCCGACUGUGAAAGCAGCUGUUCGUCGUCAGGUUUGGGAGGAAGUAUGGACACUUCAGUGCGAUGAAGCCCCGUCCCCUUCUUCGAGAUACUCCAUGGAGCUCUUGCUUUUCUUAACUUUUCCUUCCAAAGAACAUGUUUUACCUUUCUAUUAACUUCAUUAUUCCCCUUAGACAUUUGUUUUAAUAAUGAGCUUUUGUUUUCUCUUAAAGCAAAACCAUAGUAAUUUAAUUCAGUGUGUCUUGGAAAAAAGAUCAUGUUUUAUUAUACAUUUUUAUUUGCACUGAAGCUGUACGGAGGUUGGCACGGGAUGAGAUUUGAAUUGUACAUGUGAUACAAUUGUGAUUUUUAGAAAAAAAUAUUUGAAUACUUUUAAUGGCUGAAAUAAAUUCUUAUAAAUUAACAAUGGAUGAAAUAUUGGUUUAAAGGAGGAAAGAAACUAGGUUUGUUUCUUAUUUAUUGAACAUUUUGUAUAAUAUUGAAUUUGGCCAGCAUGUCAUUUUCUUUUGCUGGGCUUUGACAUGUUUUUGAUGAAUUCAGUGCAACAGUCAUGUAUUGUUGUAACAGCCCAGUAGAGGGAGUGUGGACAUCAUAGGACCUCCAACUACUGAGUAAAUCCGUAUGAGGAUGUAAGUCUACAAUACUGGUGAAGUUGAUUCAGAUUUGAUUGCCACUAUAGUUGAUUGUGUGCUGAUUUUUUUUGUAAAUAUUUUUAAACCAUUGUUGGUGCAAGACUAUAGUAUGCAAUUGAGUUGUCCUAAAAUAAUUAUCAGUAAUUCAAUAUUAAGCUGCACUGGGUAUGAUAAAUGUUUGUCUGUGUGUACACUCUUA